UGUGUUCAGUGUCGAACUUGCUGCUGAUCGAGAGCCGUCUCUCAGAAACUUCUCCGAACAAAAAUUUUUCGUCUUCAAUCACAGACACACACACACUCACACACACGAAAUCCCGACGAAAUCGAUCUCUAUGUGUUUCUCUAUUUCAACGAAUAAUUAGACCAACAUCGCCGUUACACACAUCCGAAACGUUCAAGUGACUCAAUCGAUUGGCUUUCUUUUUUCAAAUUGAAUAAUUUCUCAGUGUGGUGUCUGUGUCGAGUGUGUCUCCUUGCUUUAAUUUUUUUGGCGCAAGCAUAAACUUUGUGGGGACAUAUCUAACGAGUGUGUUACGUGUUGGACGUGUGUAUGUGUUGGUGUGUGUGUGUGUGUCUAUGGUGUUGCAGUGUGUGUCUCUGUGUCGACUGGAAUCUGGCCAAAAGCAAGCCGAGUCUCGUGUCUUGGGAUUAUUGCACAAUUUAAGACUUACCACUUCACUACAAAUACUUACUACACAGCCCGGUCUAUUACUCAGCCGCCAUCAUUUGUGUGGAUCGUUUUGAACUUGGCAUGCAGGUUGAUCUGAAUACAGCAUGAAAAAAGAUGUUGACAAAAGAUUGAGCAGCAGGCAAUCGGUUCGACCGGAGCAGGAGCCUCAACGGAUGUGGAGCUAAGCGCGGGCAGCCAAUAAGAUUAUUGGUUGCGUGCGGAGUAAUGUCGGAGGUGCUGCCUCCGAAACGUCAGGCGGCCGUGGAUCGACUGCGGAGGCGAGUCGAAGUCUACACCAAGGAUCAUCAAGAUCGAUUUAUGCACUAUGAGCGGAUCGGACCGGCCUUGUGCGAACAGCAAAUGCAAGAGUCGUUCGCAUUGAAACAAAAGUAUCUGGACCCCAAAGCGAAAAAGACGAGUAGCAGCAAAAGUAAUAAAAGCAGCGGCGGCAAUAAUAACAACUCUACUAGUAGUACUACUAGUAUCAGUAGCGGUGGUGGUGCGUCCAGCGCCGAACGUAAACCGGCUACGGAGACUCACGCCGGCAACACGCAGUCGAACAAGUACGGGAAGCGUCCGCUGGACGAGAGCGGCGAUGGAGGAGGGAGUGAGCCCGGGAUGAACGGAUCCCAACAGCAACAACAGCACUCCUCCUCGUCGGAUGGUCCACCGGCCGCAAAGAUCCAGUGCACGACGACGACGACGGCCAGCUCCUCGGCCACGGCCUCUGGCGGCGGCCCGGCCAAAUUCUCGGUGGAAAUCGUCCAGCAGCUCGAGUUCACCGCUAGCGCCUCUGGCGCUACCAGCGUCUCCGUCAAGACGCUCACCAACACAUCCGUCAAGAGCGAGACUCAGGUGUCGCCAUCCAACGGAGAUGGCGGUCCGCCCGAAAUGAAAAAGGAGAAACGCUGCGAUACGCCCGAUUUCAUGGCCGAAUUGAACGGCGAUUCCGACGAAACUGCCGCCGAUUUGGCCAAUCUCGAACGGUUCAUUUCGGAGGACACGUCCGACGGCAUCAUUAACGCCGACACAUUCAAAGAUCUGAUCUCGGAGAUACACGAUCUUCCACCCGAAUUCAUGGAGGAGUUCGAUUUCGACACGACAGACACGAAUAUCAAGAGCGGUGUAGGUGUAGCAGGGCUGCUGUCCGAUCCGUUUGGCGCUCCUAUGAUAAGCGAUGGAUCGCGCACCGUCGACUCGAUCGUUUCGCGACUCAAACAGGAGGAAGUCGAAGCGGCCGAUCGGGAAAUCCAGGCCGCCAUGCUGGAUAUUGGCAAGUCCAUGAGCAUGAACGCCCAGUCGAGUACGAACAGUUCGAGUAGUUGCAGUAGCAACAACAACACGUCGUCAUCCAUCUUGACGGCGAGUAUAACAACAUCGAGUUGCAGUACGGCCACGCUAUCGUCGACAACGGGAGCGUUUAAUAACAACACGAUUGGCGCGCCAGCUGGAUCGUUUGUUGAUUCGACGAAAAGCAACAACACCCCGCCCAUCGCUCAACAACACCAACAACAGCAAAGGACGGUCGACAACAAUAAUGGCGCCGCCAGCGCCAUGAAUAAUAGGCAAAUGCCGCAACCGUUUGGUGUCAAUUCCGGAGGUCCGGAAUUGAGUCCGGCUGCAUUGACGUUGAAGCAGAUGGCGGAGCAGCAUCAACACAAAGCCCAAAUGGGCAUGACUCCUGCAUCGAUGAACCAGGCCUCGACGGGUCUUUCGGCUCCUCCAACGAUGGCCAAUCAAGGUGCACCUUUAGUUCCUCCUCAUCAUCCGCCUGUCGUUAAUAACAUGCGGAUGCGGGGCAACUUUCAAGAGCAACAACAUCAGCCUCAGCAGUACAAUAAUGCGCCCGCACAAGGUCCAACUCAGCAACAACAACAACAGCAAGGCAAUCAGUUUAUGAAUCGAGCACCCUACACCGGUCAAGGUGGUUAUGGUCCCAACAGUCCGAUGAUUAAGAAGGAAAUGCCCUACUUUGCCAAUUCACCGCUGGGAGGAAACAGCCCUGGACCUGGACGGCCAGUACAACAGCAUCAGCAAGGUAUGCCUGGUGGCCAGCAUCAAGUCCCAGGUGCCAAAUCAUCACCUGUUCCAAUGAGUCAGACGAGCCCGAUGGGACCACCUACUCCUCAGCAAAUGCAGCAACAACAACAGCAAUUUAACGCUCGCAAAGCGCCUACACCGACGAGUACAACUACAAGUAGCAAUACGAGUAGUACUAGGACACCUCCACCAUCGGCUGCUGCUCCGGCCAGCGUUCAAUUUAGCCAAACUCAACAGCAACAGAUGCACAUGAGCAGCGGUGGCAACAACAACGGACAACAAAUCCAGAUGGCGGCGUCUCAUCACAUGCAAAUGUCAGCGGAUGUCAAAGUCAACGCCGGUAUGAACAACAUGCAAAUGAGACAGCAACAGCAGAUGGUACAACAGCAACAGCAAUCGAUGUUUUAUCAAAAUCAAACGGCGUCUGCAACCGUUCAACAGCCGUCUGGAGCGCAGCAACAACCUCAAGCGCAAGUUGUGCAACAACAACAAGCGCAGCAACAACAACCAGGAAUGGAGAACUCGUACACGUAUUCGGCCAGCCAAACGCAAACCAUCAAUUUCACUCAGCAACAUUUGAGAGCCAAUACGCGAAUGCCGGCGUCACUCAGCGUCCAACAACAGGCGGCCCAGCAGCAACAACAAGCCAUGCAACAACAGCAAGCCCAGCAACAGCAACAGAUGAUGCGGAUGCAGAUGAUGCAGCAACAGCAACAACAUCAGCAACAGCAGCAACAGGGAAUGACUCGCCCGCCACCGCCCGAUUACAAAACGCCGAUGAUGGCCGGUGGAAUUUCGACACCCGGUGGAGUUGUGGCCGCAGCAGUGGUACCCAACCAACAACAGCAACAACAACAACCCAAUGUGAUGAUGGGCCAACAACAUAUGGGUAUGAUGGCUGCUGGCAAUCAACAGCAACAGCAAGGGGUAGUAGGAGGAGGAUAUCCACCGGCCAUCCGGCCAGGUAUCCGACCGAUGGUGGCCGCUCAGGCGGUAGCGGUUGGACGUCCGUCUCCCAAUGGAAAUACGUCCCCGAUGCUGCAACAGCAACAGAUGCAACAGCAGCAACGACCCAUGAUGAACUAUCCUCAACAGCAGGUUCAGCAACAGCAACAACCGCAGGGCAUGAUGGGUAUGAACAACAUGGGAGGUUACGGUGGCGGCGGCAACAACAUGAUGAUGAACCGACCGCAGUACAACAAUGGUGGCAAUCCGAUGGUGCGGGCUCAAAGGCCACCCAACGUCACUGUCGGGCCGGACGGUAUGAAUGCUUGGAGGCAGCAACAAAUGGCGGCUAUGCAACAACAGCAGCAGCAGCAGCAAGUCCAACAGCAGCAGCAGGUUCAACAACAAGUUCAACAGCCUCAGCAAGCUCAGCAAAUGGCACGUUUUCAGCAACAACAGCAAGCUGCUGCCAACAACCCCAACAACAUUCGAAUGCAGCAGCAAACGUAUAUGCAACAACAGACGUCGUACAUGCAUGCUGGAAAUCAGGGACAAAACAUACAACAGCAGCAGGUGACUUUGACUAUGCAACAGCAGCAGCAGCAGCAAAUGCUCCAUUCACAAAACAUGGGCAACGCCAUGAUGCAGCAGAAAAUGCAAAUGACAAGUAUGCAAAUGCAGCAACAGGGAGGCAUGCAACAACACAUGCGAGUAUCUCAACAACAGCAGCAGUUUAGCCAAGCACAGCAGUUUGCUCAGCAGCAGCAAUUCAAUCCCAACCAACAACAACAGCAAUUUGCUCAGCAGCAGCAACAGCAUUUUAACAAUACGGGCCAGCAACAACAACAAUUUGCCAGUCAAUCUCAACAACAGUUUGCAGCAGCCCAGCAGCAGCAACAGUUUAAUCAACAGUCCCAGGCCGGCGGUAUGGGCCAGCAGGCAACUAUGCAGACACCUCAACAACCGCAACAACCUCAACAACAGCAGCAAUUUAACAAUCCUCAACAAGCCGCCAACAAUAGUGCUGUCGGUGUCAGUUCUAGUAACAACAGUGACUUCAGUUUGGAAUUUUUGGAUAAUAUAUCCGGCGACAAUGGCGGCCAGUUUGGUAGCGACGCUCAGGAGCUGCUCAAUUCCUUUGACACCGGAGUGGGUUUCAGCUUGUUGGACACGUUAUAAAAGGAGGUUGUUAUUUCUUCCGUUGUGUGUGUGUGCACGCGACCACCUGCCCGUCCAUGAUUUUUACUUCUUCCUAUUGACAAUUCAAAAAUUGGUGGUGUUACGCGCGCGAACCACCUAAAAGACUUCAACCAAAUGAAAAACACAAUUUAUACGACGAAAGUGUGUGUUGUGACUGCGUGUGUGCGUGUGUUGAAAAGCUCGGUGACGUAGCAUAUUAGCCUCUCUUUCUCUCCUCGUUGACUUUAUACUCUCGUGUUGAUCCGCUCUCAUCUCAUAUCCAUAAAGACAAAAUGUAUGGCAAGUUCCUUUAUUUCGGUUUUCCUCAAAAGAGAGCCAAAAGAAUACCUUUUUUUUUCACGCUGAUGAUAUACACACUAUAUUGUAUUUUGGGGGAGAGAGAGAGAAGAGGAAUUUUAUAAUUAAUUUUUCUCAACUCAAAAAAAAUUCGAAUUUUGUUUUUCCUCCAUUCUCAAAUUUGGCUCGAAGAGUCGACUACAAGACGACUGACGAUAAACAUAUUAUAAUUUUGUCUUUCUCUCUCUCCUCGUUUUGAAUUGAAUUUGAUACUACUACCGUGUUUUUCUUCAUUUUCCCCUCGCUCUUGAUUUAUAUAUUCCCCCCCUAGAACCCCGCCCCCUGAAACCAAUCAAAUCAAACUGUGCGUUGUUGUUUAUCUUUUUUUUUUUAAACAUUAGUUUUUUCUUUUCAAGCGAAAGUACGACUUUGUGGGGUUUUUGAUGGGAAUUGACGAUGUUCUUCUCAAUUUCCUCAUGUCCUUUUUACUCCUGCGCUCCCGAAAAAAAAUAUGAAACCAAAAUCUUCAAUUCUUUCCUAUUCGCCCCAUAUUUUCUUUAAACAAAUUCGGUUUGUCGCGCACACAAAUUCUCAAGUCGAAAAUCACUGCAGAAAAUGAUCAAAACAGUGCCAGUAUAUCUCCUUUUUUUUUUUUCUCUUCCGACUUCUCCUACAGACAACUUUUUCACAACAACGCCUUCCUCCUCCACCGACAUUCUUACCGGAAUUUCCACCUCCUUUUUCGAAUAAACUCUCCCGAAACCGAUUUACAUAAUUCCCCCCCUGUUUUUUUUCGAUGAUCGAACGAGCUGUGUGUAUAUUUUUUAUACUCUCGCGCCAAAACAAAAAUAAUGUUGUUCUGAAUUAUGCAAUAUACUAUGUUAAAUGACCAA